UUUGUGUGUAUAUUUGUAGACAAUUGUGUUGGGUAUAGUAUUUUCUAAUUUCUCACAUUUUUUCGCCUUUUAUUUAAUUCAAUACUAAAAUAUGUUGUAUGAAUGGAAAAAGGACCGUUAUUCUGCCUGGUGUAUUUUAUUUACUUUCCAUGUGAUAGCAAAAAGCAUGCCCUGGGGGGUCCAAUGAUUGGCCGCUUCCGGGUUCCUUGUCUGCCAGGCACAGUGCAGUGAGUGAGUGCCCAUGAAAGUGCCCUGUAAGAUAGUCCGUCCGUCCGCUGUAAAUUAGGGUUCAGUUAGCGCAUCCUGUACAGUAUCUCUGUAUUCUUUCUUGCCGCUCGCCCGUCUGUAUGAGUAGACCAUCUGUUCCUUUUUCUUUCCUAUACUUGCUUCGUCAUGAUAUGUAGUUGUUAGUCGUAAUUCAAAAAUCCCAUCCCAGUUAGCAUUUCCGCAUUUUCUCAUAUCCCUAUUUUUGAUGACAAGUCCCGGACUGCCGGAAUCUGCGCUCGCAGUUUUAGCACCGAAAGUGGAGCAGGGGCGGGCAACAGUGCAUUUCCACCAGUCACCGAUCGCCGUUCGCAGCGCUGUCACCAAGCAGCCACUGCCGCGUCCACAGUGCAGUGCAGCACUAAAACUCCUUCUACAGUGCUUCGCUACGGUGGAGUCUCCGCCUGUAGAGCACAACUGUAGCGUUGCACUCCCGCCCGCGGCGUUGCCGGUCCAGGCCCAGACCUCUAUUUUUUUUGCGGCUGACAAGCUCUUCUCAUCGCCGCUAGCGCCGCGAAAAAAAAAGUAGACAGUGUCGCAACAAGGACUAAUCUGCUUUAGGUCGGUUUGCCCCCUCUGAGGAUUUGCUCAAAAACUCCGGUGUGCCUAUCUAUCGACCCUUUCCCAUUCUUUUGCUUUUUCUGCCAUCGCAUUUUCACUUCUUUUCAUCUCUCUGUUCGACGCUGGUUCUUGGCUGUGCGGAUGCUGUAAAGCGUACGUCGUCAAUCAUCACCACCACAACCAUCAUCACCACUUUGCGACACGCCACACCACACACAGUGCCGCCGCAGCUGCUGCAGCAGUAGCACCACCACCGACACACAAUGUACCGGACAAAGUCCAAUGGCCCCGGCCAUCUUGAGCUCGACGAAAUCACCACUGGCAACGUCGGCUGCGAUGGCCGCCUCAAGAUUCGCUUCCACCACGACGUAGGCGCCCUCCAAGCCUGGGUCCGUCGCGCCCAACUGAAGCGCUCUGGCACCGGCAGCACUGCGACCUCGUCCGAAGCCUCGUCCACAUACACACCCGACAAGGAGGAGCCGUCCCUAAAAACUCCACGUCUCAACAUCGCCAUCCAUAUCGUCGGCUCCCGUGGCGAUGUCCAGCCCUUCAUCCCCAUUGCGAAGCUGCUCAUGCAGGAGCCCUACAACCACCGCGUCCGCAUCUGCACGCACCCCGUCUUCAAGGACUUUGUUGAGGAGCAGGGCGUCGAAUUCUUCAGCAUUGGCGGCGACCCCGAGGCCCUCAUGGCCUACAUGGUCAAAAACCCGGGUUUGCUGCCCAGCAAGGAGAGUCGCAAAGCCGGUGACAUUGGCAAGCGCCGCGCCGAAAUGUGGGAAAUCAUCAAUGGCUGCUGGCGAAGCUGUAUCGAGGCCGGCAACGGCAUGGGCAAGAUCGUCACAGCUGCCCACGUCCCCAACGGCGACGACCUCUUCAUUGCCGACGCCAUCAUCGCCAACCCGCCCUCCAUGGCCCAUCUUCACUGCGCCGAGAAGCUUGGUAUCCCCCUCCACAUGGUCUUCACCAUGCCUUGGUCUCCCACCGAGGCGUUCUCACACCCGCUUGCUGCCAUGAGCUACGGCAAGGCAGACCGCAAAAUGGCAAACUACCUGUCCUUUGUCAUGAUGGAGCUGCUCACAUGGCAGGGUCUUGGCGAUCUCAUCAGCAAAUUCAGACGCCAGAAGCUUGGCCUCGACCCCAUUAGCCCCAUGUGGGGAUUCCAUCUUCUUCCCAGACUCCGUGUGCCAUUCACCUACCUCUGGUCCAAGUCGCUGAUUCCCAAGCCCGCCGAUUGGGGCAAGCAUAUCGACAUUACCGGCUUUUCUUUCCUCGAGCUCGCCAACUCAUACACCCCUCCGGCCGACUUGACAGCCUUCCUCGAAAAGGGCCCCGCGCCCAUCUAUAUUGGUUUUGGAUCGAUUGUUGUCGACGACCCCGAGGCGCUCACCAAGCUGCUCUUUGAGGCCGUCAAAAAGGCCGGUGUCCGAGCCAUCAUCUCCAAGGGCUGGAGCAAGGUCGGCGGUGACGAUGUUCCCGAGGACGUUUACCUCAUUGGAAACUGCCCCCACGAUUGGCUCUUCCAGCGCGUGUCGGCCGUUGUUCACCACGGUGGUGCCGGAACUACAGCAGCCGGUAUUGCUGCUGGACGCCCCACCGUAGUUGUUCCCUUCUUUGGCGACCAGCCUUUCUGGGGUCAAAUGGUGGCCCGCGCCGGCGCCGGUCCCGAACCGGUUCCCUUUACUGCCAUGACGGCUGACUCCCUCGCCGAGAGCAUCGCAUUUGCCCUCAAGCCUGAGGUCCAGGAGGGUGCCAAGGAGAUGGCCGAGCGCAUUGGCCAGGAGGACGGUGCCAAAGAUACGGCCAGAAUCUUCCAGGAGCGCCUAGUCAAAACCGAUCAGCUCGAAUGUGAGCUUUGCCCUGGUCGUCUGGCUAGCUGGCGCCACAAGAAGACUGGCCUUCGCCUCAGUGGUUUUGCUGUUUCCUGCCUGGCUGAUAAGGGCUUGGUGAUACCCACUGAUGUUCGCCUGCUUGAGCACAAGAGAUGGUACGUCGACGAGGGCGCCGAGCAUCCUCUGGUCGGUGUCAUUGCUUCUGCGUCUGGCUUUGUUCGUGAUCUUGCCAUUGCAGGUUCCGACUACGCUGCCGCUCUGAAGAAGAAGCCCGAGGACGAGGCCCCUCUGAACAUAGAAGAGGUUGGCCUCAAAAUCGAGCCAGCCAAGUUUAUCCAUGACCUCCAGGGCCAACCAGGUCUGCUCAAGGGUGUUCUUGUUAGCCAUACUGUCCUACCGUCGCAUAUGGAGGCCAGCGCCACGAAGAUGGCCAAGAAGACGCUGCGAACUGUCGACCCCAUCAUGACACAGCCCAUCAAGAAGGCGCCCACGUUCCAUGACAAGUCCAAAGCUGCCUGGCACGAGCACGAGAAGGGGUCCAAGGGCCGCGGAUUCUAUGUCACACGUAAAACAGGCCGCUUCUUUGCCGAGAUGGGUAAGGCCGGUCUCAAGGCCCCCGUCUCGCUCUUUUGGAACACCGCCAAUGGCUUCCACAACUUCCCCUCCUAUGGCUUCUACGGUAUCGAGGUCCGACAGCGCGACCAAAUCACCGGCAUCGGCAGCGGCCUCAAGGGCGCCGGCAAGGAAGUCGUCCUCAGCUUCUACGACGCCUUUAGCGGCAUCGUUAUUCUGCCCUACAAGGCGGUGCGCGACGAGGGUGCCAGAGGCAUCGGAAAGGGCAUCUGGCGCGCCGGCAAGGGCUUCUUCUCUAACCUCGGCUCUGCCAUUUUUGCCAUCCCGGGCUACACGCUCAAGGGUGUCGAAAAGUCGCUCUCCAAGCGCCAUCUUACCAAGCUCAAGGCUGAGAUUAUUCUCAUCCGUCUGCGCCAGGCCAUUGGCGACUUCCGUGACGCCACUGGCGAAGAGAGAGAGGCUGUCAUUACAGCUUGGGAGGCCAGAACGUCGAAAUAAUCGUUUCUUCUUCCACUCUCGAAAAUAUCCCAGCAUCAUAAUUAUAAUCACUAUCAAAUUACCCACUACAGUUCACCAAGACGGCAAUCUCGUUUCUUUUUCUUUAUUGUUUUAUAUUGGAGUUUUCUUUCGAUGACCAGCGGUUUCUUGUCCUGAUUUCUUUGUAAUUUAUUCGAUAGACGCUGCAUAGCUUCCGUUAGCUGCUUGUUAAUAUUAUACCCACCUCUUAUCCUCAUAACGCUCAAGACGUCUCACCCAUUAUUUUCCGGUCGUGCUAACAACCACCUUGCGUAGCCCAAUGCCGCCAGCCGCAAUGUCUUGUUUCUGACAUGGAACGGCGUGGUGUUAUAAAUACGAGAAACCGUUCAGGAAUACCCCAAAGAGGGGGCCAGCAAUUAACAUGGGCUUAAUAUGUGGUGGUCGACAGCCUUUCUGAAGCUCAUCUCGCGGGCCGGGCCAAUAGAAUCGCUUCAAGGCCCAUGCAUCCAAUCGCCCUGCUGGGGCAGAAAAAAAAGGUCCUGCAAUGAGCUGGGCUGCUUACUAGCCUUGGCCCUGUUGAGACGACGAUUUGCAAAAACGCCACUACGCCGCCGACCGAGGCCGCGGUAGAGCAUCUCCGGCCACCAACACGAGCCGCCGUUCGAGUCAACCUUGUUGAGAUAGUAGCGCAAAGCUCUAUGUUAUCGUCAUGGCAUCACUUGCAACGGCAUUUUGUUGGCAUUGCUGGUGUUGCUGUCAGCCUGCAGUCCAUCGCCCGGCACCAGCCUGCCGAAUGCCGCCGGGGGGAUUUGGUCACCACAAACCCUCCGCCAGCUUAUCAAUUGUCUGCGUAUAACUUAGCUGCAAGGGCAAGCCAUAUCCCACCUCGGCAGCAAAGGCCUGUGUAUGGUUUGCUUGUCUGCUUGCUAACCCACUUAUAGAUUGCUGGACCCAGCGUCUGAGCAAGCCACCUUCAUUUCGUCGUGCUUUUCCGCGAUCGACCACCGCAUUUCGCUCUGCCCUACGAGUCAGAAACAGACGACCAAAAAGGUCGGGCUGGCGAUCUCUCUGCACAUGCCCACACACACAUGCAUCAGAGACGAAAGUCAUCCAUUCUCCUCAUAUCCUUGUACUGUGGCAGCGGCGAUACCACCACCCAUGUGCUGCCUUCGCCGAGGUGGUGUGCUGGUGGCCACGGUAAUAGACCAUCCUUAUUUUCAUGUUUGAUUUUUUUCCUUUUUACUCGUGCCGCGCAGCCUGAUUUCCAUUUUAGCGUCGCACAGGUAGUCGCAAAGCCUUGCCUGAUGGGGACGAGUGGCCGCUAUUUUUAAAAGGUUGGUGUCUGUGCGCAGGCCAGCAUGAAGAUACACGCGCAAAAGAAGGCUGCGAGGGAGAGGUGCCCCCGCCUCCGAAAUCCUGGUUGGUUGGUCUGGUGCAGAAAGAUGUGUCUGCUUUUGGAUUAGUUGUGUUUUUCUUGUUAUGCAGCCCGUUCAAGAGGCCUGAAUCCAUGGCCUAAGAGUAGAGAAGAUUGGAGAGGAUAAGUUGUUGUACGUAGUAGGCGUUGAGUGGCGGACACCUGGCGGGGUGCUGGAAGAGACCAGUGCAAAAGCCAAGGCGCGCCUAGGACGCAGCACAAUGCAGUGGACCUAGGCGCGAAUGGGCUUCGGUACAGGGCCCAACUCCACUACGGUUUUGCCAAA